UAACAGCUGAGGCUGUAAACAUCAUAAGCUGAAAAAUGGAAAUAAAUUCACGUUGAGUUUAUUGUUGACGUAAUUUAGACUAUUUUCAAAUUGUUUUAAUAACUUAGUUAUUGCUUGAUCUAACCGAUUUGCCAUCAAUAUGGGUAUUUUAGAGAGAAUUUCAGAAAUUGAAAAGGAAAUUGCUAGGACCCAAAAAAAUAAAGCUACUGAAUACCACUUGGGUCUCUUGAAAGCUAAAUUAGCAAAAUAUAGAUCACAACUAUUGGAACCUCAAGGGAAAGGUAAAGAUAAAGGAGAUGGUUUCGAUGUCAUGAAAUCUGGUGAUGCCAGAGUUGCACUAAUUGGGUUCCCCUCUGUUGGAAAGUCAACAUUGUUGAAUACUGUAACCGAAACUAAAAGUGAAUGUGCGGCUUAUGAGUUUACAACUUUGACAUGCAUUCCUGGCGUUAUUCAAUACAAUGGGGCUAACAUUCAGCUUCUUGAUUUACCUGGUAUCAUUGAAGGAGCUGCUCAAGGAAAGGGUAGAGGUAGACAAGUUAUCGCUGUUGCAAGAACUGCUGACUUAGUUAUCAUUAUGUUGGAUGCAACUAAAAGUGAAGUUCAACGACAAUUACUUGAAAAAGAAUUAGAAUCUGUUGGAAUUAGGUUGAAUAAAAGGCGUCCAAAUAUCUAUUUUAAGGAAAAAAAAUCUGGAGGAAUCUCAUUCAACGCUACCUGUAAUUUAACAAAACUUGACGAAAAAUUGGUCUAUGGAAUUCUUCAUGAAUAUAAAAUGUUUCACGCGGAAGUCUUGUUACGUGAAGAUUCAUCGACUGAUGAUUUAAUUGAUGUUAUAAGCAAAAAUAGGGUGUACCUUCCUUGCUUGUACGUUUACAACAAGAUAGAUCAAAUCUCAAUCGAAGAAGUAAAUAAAUUGGCCCAUCGACCUGAUAGUGUGGUCGUUAGUUGCAACAUGAAACUUAAUUUAGACUACUUUUUGGUAAGACUUUGGGCUUAUCUUGCUUUGAUUCGAGUUUACACCAAAAAACCUGGCAACCCUCCCGAUUUCAAUGAUGCAUUAAUUCUUAGAAGAGGAGCUUCUAUUGAACAUGUCUGUCAUGCUAUUCACCGUUCUAUUGCCGAAACGUUUAGAUAUGCUCUUGUCUGGGGAACUAGCACUAAAUACAGUCCACAAAGGGUUGGCCUUUCACAUAUUGUCCAUCAUGAGGAUGUUGUUCAGAUAAUCAAAAAAGCUUGAAGCUUUGAAGCUCUGAUAUAUGCAUAUGCCUUCCAAGAAUGAACCGGAAAAGUUAAUUAUUUAAACUCCAAAGAGAGGAAAAUAUUGUUACUCAAAUUGCUAAUAUUUUACAUAAAUGAUCAAUCUCUUUCAUUUGUGCAUUAA